AUGGUCCAUGCACCCAAGCGGAAAUCUGAAACUGCAACAAAAGAACCCAAAAAUGUCAGACCAAAAGAUAAAAAGACUGAGCCAAGUUCUGUUGAAGCUAAAAAGGGGACUAAAAACAAAGUGAAUUCGCGCCAACCCAAGAAAAUUGUUAAACCUUCUGACAAAGGAAAUGACCCCAGGAGCAAGACCAACACAAGAGAAGCAGCAAAGUCCAGGGGGUCCAAACUAAACCCCUCCACAAAAGCAGAGCACAAGAGGAGCGACAAAGAGUCUGAAGAUGAGAGCAAUGAUGCAACAGAGAGCGGUGACGGAAGCUCAGAGGAGGCUACAGAACCCGAGCUUGAGAAACGGCAGGAGGAGAAGGAGCUCAGCAGUGAGGAGAGCGGCCAUCACGACAUUGCACCUACAACCGAGCAAGAAUCUGAAGCAAAAAGUGACUCCGACAGAUCUGCCAGCGAGACUGACAAAGAACAACGCCUCAAACCCUCAAGCAAACGACAAAACAAGCAGGACGCGGUCAGUACGGAGUCUGCAGGCUCUGAUGGAAGCGACCAAGAACUAGUCAAGAAACCAGCGGUCAGACCUCGCCGGAGAACCAACCCGAAAACAUCUUCCAAGUCGGUGCAUGUACGAGGCAAGAAGAUGGUCAAGAAAAACAAGGCGGACAAGGAGGCAGAGAAACAGGAGAAGCGUUUAGCAAAAGCAGAAAAGCAGAGACUGGAGAAGGAGGCCAAGCUUAAGGCAAAAGAAGAAAAGAAAAACCAAAAGAUUCUGAAAAAGCAAGAUAAAGCGAAGAGUAGAAAACAAGAUGGUGGACAAUCAAAGAGGACGGACAACACUGAGGAGACUGGGCCUGCUGAGGAUAGCACGGAUAACGCUAGCGAGGAAGAAGAAGAAACGCUGGAGCCAAGUCUGUCCGCAGCCAUCCAGGGACAAGAUCGAGUGAUGUUGCUGAAAAACAAAAGUAAAAACCUGCAAACCCUUCUGGAGUCUGGGGGGAAAGAAGAAGAUGAAACCGAGGCGAGUCCAGAUCAGAGCUUUCUCCUGAAAAAGGCCCAGAUGAAGGCACUGCAGAAAAAGACCAACUUGAUGCUGAACAAAUGUAAACUCGGAGAGGAACUGUCUCCCGCCAAAGCUGCAGAUCGAGAACUCGAAACCAGCAAAGUCUCAAAACAAUUGCUAUCAGGGAAAAAGGGGAUGACGACGCUGAACAAAAUGUCUGGUUGGAUUCAGAAGAAAAUGCACAAAGGUUGUAAUUUACGCACAAAGAUUUCGGUUUGGGCCAAAGCUAUCGGGUUGUCUCGUUGGCUUUCAGCUCAGGCAGGGAAGCGAAAGCAAAGUAGCGGGAAAAAGAAAAGCAAUCUGUUCAAACACACGAUGGCCGUCAAAGCUGCGGGAAAAGGCACCUUUGCCAGUAAGAAAAGACAAGCUUCUGAGGUUGUGAAAGAAAAGGAGACUGUGGUGGAAGGGUCAUCAGGAGUAGAGGAGCGGUCAUCAGAAGACAAAGAACUAGAGGCUAAGUUUGCUGUUGUUUUGCCGAGAAUGAAUAAAAUCAAUAAGUCAAAAACCAGCAGUGUAGAAGGAACAUCAGCAAUACCAGGGUCCACCGCAGGAACAUCCACAAACGGCCAAUCCAAAGCUCCAAAAGCAGGGGCCCGGCUUGUUCUCCCGGUUAAACCUGACCUCACUCUGCUCAAGUCCAUCAAGAAGCCAAUGGCAGUGGGUGAGCGUGCUGCUGCAGAAGAAGAAGAUGGCGACGGAUCAGCAGAAACACCACAAGUCUCUGAGAAUGAAGCGAGAAAACCAGUCCUCACAAGCCUGAACGACAGCGGCAUCUUCCAGUCCGCAAGAGCAAAGAUGGGUCCUUCAUUGCGGAACAUACCGGCAAGAAACGAAGCUGCACCAGAGCUAGCCGCGGCCGGAACAAAUGUGGCGGGAAGGAGAGUGGCUAACGUACGACGAUCUAUGUACGAAGAGGAGACGGACAGGGAAGUGGCCGAGCUCAUGGGAAGCAGAGGACUCUACACCAUCGUUCAGCCGGACAUGCACUGGGCGGAAAACCCCUCCAUGACCGGAGACCCGCAGAACUGGUUGCGAGCUGAGAACCUGCUGCCUCAUCAAACGGUGGAGAAACUGACCCGAUGGACCGUUUACGAUGAAGAACGACAGACCAAGACCACGGCGGCCAACAAGAGCAAGGGAUUGUGGGAGUCUGAGGACCCCACUCAGGACAUGCUGGAACACAGGCUGCACAGCACACAGGUUGCGUUGCCAGGUAGUAACAAACUUGUGGAGGUGGAUGAGCUGGAGGACCUGUCCCAGUUAGAAGAGGUGAACGAGAGCUCUGUGUUGUUAAACCUGAGGAAGAGGUUUCAACGGGACACGAUUUAUACCUACAUUGGAAACAUCCUGCUGUCCAUCAACCCUUUCAAGCCUCUGAAUAUUUACACGGAUGAAAUGCGGCUGAGAUACCAAGGCCUGGAGCAGCACAGGAACCCUCCUCACGUGUUCGCGGUCGCAGACGCCGCUUAUAAACAAUCCCAGGUCUCGCUUCAAGAACACUGCAUCAUCGUCAGUGGACAAAGCGGAUCUGGAAAGACUGAGGCCACUAAGCUCAUAGUGCACUACCUCAGCUGCAUGUACGAGGACGGGAACGCCACCUUAAGGCAGCAGCCCAUGGAGGUCUUUCACAUCCUGGAGAGCUUUGGAAAUGCCAAAACCAUCCUGAACGACAACUCCAGUCGCUUUGGAAAGUACUUACACAUUCACAUCCUCCGCGGCUCCGUCGUCGGGACCUCGCUCUCACAGUACCUCCUGGAGAAGUCGCGAGUGGUUUUCCAGGCCAGCGAAGAGAGAAACUUCCAUGUGUUUUAUGAAAUGUUAGCUGGAAUGAAGGAGUGGGACAAACAGGAGCUGUUUCUACAAGGAGCAGAGACUUACUACUACCUCAACCAGGGCGGAGCUUGUGAGCUGAAGGGAAAACAAGACAAGCAGGACUUCCUCUUCUUGGUGCAGUGUUUUGAAACCAUCGGUCUUCACCCUGAUCAGAUCAGUACCAUGUGGGCGCUGCUCUCCUCCAUUCUGCAGCUCGGAAACAUCUGCUUCAGCUCCUACGAGAGCGAGUCGUUCGAGGUGGCCCGGAUCUUCAGCCAGUGCGAGGCCCGGAGGGUGGGCUCCCUGCUGCAGGUCUCCUCUGAGGCCCUGCAGACCGUCAUCACACACAGAGUCACUGAAACCACUUACGACAGGAUCUACUGCCCCCUGUCUGUGGAAAGUGCCAUUGAAUCCAGAGACGCCAUUUCCAAAGCCUUGUACUCGGUACUUUUUCAUUGGCUCCUGGAGCAGAUCAACAAUUGGCUGAGUCCCGCUGAGAUGGACAGCACAGUGGGCGUGGUGGACAUUUAUGGUUUCGAGGACUUGGCAGUGAACAGUUUUGAGCAGCUCUGUAUCAACUUUGCCAAUGAACAACUCCAGCACUUUGUCAACGAGGCCGUCCUCACUCAGGAACAGGAGGAGUACCGUGCAGAGCAGAUUCAGUGGUACCCGAUGUCUCUCAAAAACUCCUCCUCGUGUGUGGAUCUCAUCUCCUCUCGUCCUCAUGGCAUUCUCCGCAUCCUGGACGACCAGACCUGCCUGCCCCAGGCUACGGACCACACCUUCCUCCAGAAAUGCCACUACCACCACGCCAACAACCCAUUCUAUGCCAAGCCCAAGAGCCCAAUGCCUGUGUUCACGGUCUAUCACUAUGCCGGGGCUGUGACCUAUCAGGUUCAAAACUUCCUGAACAAGAACCACGACCAGUUCCGAACAGAAGUCCUGGAGCUUUUUGCCAAAAGUCGUCUGAAUAUGGUGUCGGAGCUCUUCAGGAAGGUCCACGAAGGCUACAUCCAGCAGAGAGAGCUGGGCUGGAGGGGCAAAGGGCUCCGGCAGCAGCCCACCACCGCCGCCUCACACUUCCUGCAGUCGCUCAGUGAACUCACGCAACGCCUCCAAAGAUGCAAAACCACUUUUAUCCGCUGCCUCAAACCAAAUUAUGUGAAGCUUCCAGGGAUUUUUGACUUGAAUUACAUGUCGGCUCAGCUCAGACACGCCGGGAUCUUAGAGACCAUCCACAUCCGAAAAGAGGGCUUUCCAGUGCGGCUCCUGUACUCCCAGUUCAUGCACAGAUACGGGGUGCUGCUGAACCUGCGGGACAGCCACGGCUCAGACCGGGACCAGACUGUGGCUCUUCUGGAGUCCAACGAAGCAGAGACAAGACAGUACCAGCUCGGACUAACAAAGGUGUUCAUGAAGGAGCGACUGUGGCAGAUGUUGGAGGACAAGUGGAGCAGCACUCAGACUUGGGCUGCGAUCAUCAUUCAGAGAAACAUCAGGGGGUUUCUCUGCAGGAGGAACUUCCGCUUCUUCAAACAGAAAGCCAUUGUCAUCCAGAGCCACAUCCGAGGACACCAGGCCAGGAAGCACUACAAGAAGCUGAGGCAGACCAUUACUCAGUUCUGGGCCACGAUAAUGAUCACCAGGAACACCAUCAAGCAGCAGCACCAGAGGAAGCGACCUGAUCUCCAUGAGACGAGAGAGUCAAAGGUGGUGACCAAGGCAAAGUCUCUCCUCCCGAGUAUGGAUGUGGGGCUGUUGGAGAUCCCCGCGGAGCUCUCUGCCAGACUCCAGGCCGGAGCAGGGCGGCCCCAGGGGUCAGAGGUCAUCGCUGUGAACUCUCCACAAGUUCGCUCUGAACACAAGAUCAGCCUCCCGCCGGACAUUGACCGAUAUCCAUUCUCUCGAUACGCCAAGACCUUAUUAAAGGACACAUGGUGCCAGCCCCAGGGCCUCCCACUGCAGAAGCCCCUCACCCCCCAGGACCCAGACGAUGCCAGACGAGCCCUGGAUCUGAACAAACUGGUACAGAGGCCGGUCCAAAACCAUCAUUCACUCUGA